AAUUGCAUAAUAGUUCAAUCACUCAUUACUCAUUAGAGUGACAGCUUCCAUGGUGCAUUUGUUCCGACCAUCCAGUAGCCAUUGGAAGCGAGCCGUGCUGGAGCCUCUCCUCCUUCAAACAUCUCGUGCCGCUUUAUUCUCUACGGCUACUGCUGCUGCUGCAUCUCCUUCCUACCACCUCCUUUCCUUGCUCAAACAGUGUUCCAACCUUAAACACUUACACCAGACUCAUUGCUUCAUGCUCUCUAGAGGCCUCGACCAGGAUAACAUCCUCCUUAGCAGAUUCAUUGAGGCCUGCUCCUCUUUGGGCUUCUCCCAUUAUAGCCACUCCAUCUUCACCCACAAGACCCGACCAGAUAUCUAUCUCUAUAACACCAUUAUCAAGGCUCUUUCCAACCCUGAACUUGCCACAGAGGCUAUUCUUCUCUACAACAGAAUUCUAGCCUCCGAUUUGCGAUUCGACACCUACUCUUUACCCUUUGUGCUGAAGGCCGUUGUUCGUCUAUUGGCAAUCCAUGUUGGGAGGCAGAUUCACUGUCAGGCUAUUGGGACUGGGCUAGUCAGUGACAUUCACGUGGUGACCGCUCUCAUUCAAAUGUAUUCGUCCUGUGGAUGCGUUUCUGAGGCUCGGCAGCUGUUUGACGGAGUGUGUUUUAGAGAUGUGGCAUUCUGGAAUGCAAUGGUAGCUGGCUAUGCCAAGGUGGGUGAUGUUGACAAUGCGCGACACUUGUUUGAGCGUAUGCCUGAGAGGAAUGUCAUUUCUUGGACUGCUGUAAUUGCAGGGUAUGCUCAGAUGGACAGACCCAAUGAGGCAAUCACAAUGUUUAGGAGGAUGCAACUUGAGGAAGUGGAGCCCGAUGAAAUUGCAAUGUUGGCCGCACUCUCAGCUUGUGCUCAUUUGGGUGCUCUCGAGUUGGGGGAGUGGAUCCAUAACUAUAUUGAUAAACAUGGAUUGUCUAAAAUUGUUCCUCUUAACAAUGCCCUCAUAGACAUGUAUGCAAAAUGUGGUAAAAUAGAGAAGGCCCUAGAAGUUUUCAAGAACAUGGAGCAUAAAAGCGUCAUUACUUGGACUUCGAUGAUUGAUGGGCUGGCUUUACAUGGGCUUGGAAGAGAAGCCCUUGAAAUGUUCUCUUGCAUGGAAAGGAAUAGGAUUAAGCCAAAUGAAAUCACUUUUGUUGCCAUCCUUUCUGCUUGUUGCCAUGUUGGAUUGGUAGAAAUGGGCCGCUGGUAUUUCAAAUGCAUGGGCACAAAGUAUGGGAUUAAACCAAAAAUUCAACAUUAUGGCUGUAUGAUUGAUUUACUUGGGCGUGCUGGUUUCCUCCAAGAGGCACAGGAACUAGUUAGGGGGAUGCCAUUUGAAGCCAAUGCUCCUAUAUGGGGGUCCCUUCUUGCUGCUGCAAGAAUCCAUGGAGAUGCUGAACUUGGGAAACAAGCUUUACAGCAUUUGAUCAAGGUGGAGCCCCAUAAUAGUGGAAACUAUACACUUUUAUCUAAUAUAUAUGCCACCCAAAGUAAGUGGAAUGAAGCUGGGAUGGUGAGGAAAGUGAUGAGGGACACAGGUGUUAAGAAGAUGCCAGGUGGGAGUUGCAUUGAAGUAAAUAACAGAGUUCAUGAAUUUGUUGCAGGUGACAAAUUGCACCCUCAGUCUGAGAGGAUAUUUGAAGUUCUAUGCAAGAUAAACUUGCAGUCGAAGAUAGCUAUGUAUGUACAAAAGGAACAUGUUGAGAUGCUUGAAUCCAAUAAGGAAUCAGGAUAUAUUUCUACUUCUAUCUGUGCAUGAUCUUGUGUAGAACAGUCUCAAGAACCAUUCAGACAAGAAUGCAAUAUGAAUUGAUGGAGCUGCUGCAAUCCCCAAGAAAAAAAAAACUAAAAUGCACUUUAUGUCGAAAGCCAAGUGAAUCCAAUUUAUGUUGAAGAUGUGUCUUUCAAGUGAACUAAGGUCUGUUGACAGGACAGUUGAACAAAUUCAAUGUUUGUUUAGUUCAAACGAUAAGAUCUAGAAAUGGGCUUCACCUGAUGUCUUGGUGUUUUGUCAAGAUUUGCUGCAUUUAUGCUACUUUGUCUUGACCAGGGAAACUUACAGAUUCGGCAUGGCGAGACAAUGCUUUUCUCCUCCUUGCAGAGGCAGGGCCUUUCUUUUCUGAAUUUUCAUGAUCUAUUCCAGAUUUUCUUCUACUGCAAAUAGUUGGCCUCAUAAAUCUUGGUAUCCUUGGUAUGGGAGCUGCUGUAACAUCCCCAGUCCUGUUACUAAUAAUUUCUACUUUAGAUUGUGGCUCUUCCAUAGAUGGAUGGGAAGCUUCCAGUUGCUCAUUGGAAGAUGAUAUGGUCCUCGUGAGAUUUUCUAAUCUUUCAUUCAACUUAUCAAUCUUUCUUCUAAUAUUUUGACGUUCAGCUUCAAUCCAUUCAAUCUUCUGCUGCAGAUUGGUCAUUGCAAGUUCCUUCUGGUCCCUUAUUUCCUGCUUUCCAAUUGUUGAACACAGUAGCAAGAACUAAAUUUCAGAUUUAAAUUUACAAGGAGACGGAAGCAUUUUUCUGCAUGAGGCCACAAGAUGAGAUAUCUGAGAUGGAAAUUCUAGAAGUCCCCAAAUACAUCAAUAGUUAGAGUAUUUGUAUUGAUCAGUGUUCUGUUCCAGAUGCAUUCCCUUUUGAUGUAUUUUUUAUACUUCUGAAUAGUAUAAUAGCAUGUUUUCUCAGUUUUCUUAA